AUGGACACCGGAAAUUAUCGUAUUCUCAAUCAAGACAUGAUGAAAUUGGACAAGUUUGACGGAUCGAGUUACACUCGUUGGGCGGACAAAGUGAAAUUUAUGCUCAUGGUGUUAAAACUCUACUAUGCAUUGGACCCAAGCUUCCCUCCCAUUCCCGAAGAUCCGGUCCCUGAACCAGGACAACAACCGGACCUUCAAAGAAUUGCCGAUCUACAAAAGCUUAGAAUGAUCCGCAAGGAAGAGGAAACUCUUGUUUGUGGACACAUUAAGAAUGCUUUGUCAGAUCGUCUAUAUGAUCUGUAUUCCCCGAUUAUGUGUCCUCGAGAGUUGUGGAAAUCCUUGGAAUUCAAAUACAAGUCACAAGAAGAUGGCACCAACAAAUAUCUUGUGUCUCAAUAUUUGAGAUUCCAAAUGGUUGAUGAUAAACCUAUUCUGGAGCAAGUGCAUGAGCUCCAAGUUUUAGUAAAUAAAUUAAAAAUGCUUUCUAUUGCUAUCCCUGAAAUUUUCCAAGUAGGGGCAGUGAUUGACAAACUGACCCCAUCUUGGAAAGAUUUUUCAAAAAGAAUGAUGCAUAAAACCGAAGAUUAUUCUUUGAACGAUUUACUAAAACACCUUUGUAUUGAGGAAGUGGCACGUAAUCGGGAAAGAAGAGGCAAGUCUAUGAUGAAUGCCAAUAGUGUGCAGGCUGGAGGCAAGGGUAAGGGAAGGGCCGGAGGGCCAAACAAUAUGUGGAACUUGGGUCCAUAA